CGCGGCGGCCGGGAGUGGACGUGGACGACGUGUGAGUGUGUGAGUCUGUCAAAGUCGACGCCGCUCGCUCCUUGCAUACUGACGGAACCAACUCGGACACAGAACCGGACGUUGUGGCAGCUACUAUUGUGUUUUUUUGUGUAUAUAUAUAUCGCGAAUACAGUCAGUGGAGAUGCAGUCCCAGGGCAGCACGUCCUCCCAACCCUCAUUCGACUCCCUGAGCUCCAGCGACAGCCUCCUGUUCAGCGACUCGGACGACACAGACGUCUUCCUGACCGACGCCUCCUCCUCGGCCCUCCUGGACGCCGCGGGGGCCCCGUCGGCCGCCGGCGCCGGCCGGGCGUCGGUCAGCCCCGGGUCGCAGUGGGCGUGCGACGGCUUCACCGACAAAGAGGAAGAAGAGGACGGCUACGGCUCGGGCGGCAAGGCGCCUCCAGAGGUUCCCAAGUCGGCAGGUGACCUGCUGUUUGCUCAGAAGUGUGCUGAGCUACAGGGUUUUAUCAGGCCCCUGCUGGAGCUGCUCAAUGGGCUGAAGAAAGGCCGAUUUGACCGCGGUCUGAGUAGUUUCCAGCAAAGCGUCGCUAUGGAUCGCAUCCAACGGAUCGUGGGUGUUUUACAGAAACCAAACAGCGGGGAGAAGUAUCUCAACACGCUCCUCCAGGUGGAGAUGAUGCUGAAGCUGUGGUUUCCUCAGAUCUCCACUCUCCCAACGUCGGCUGCCUCCAGCAUGGCCCCAUCACCCACCCGCAUCCUCCAAGACACACCGGGCGGCACGCCGGGCACCACGCCACCGCACAAGCACAGGGAUCAGCUGCAUAUCCCGGUGAAGAAACGGCGACUCAGCUGGACAGGAACUGACUCUCCUACGCCGUCUCCGGGCCUCUUGAAGUGCCCUCGCCUCAGUUCACAAGAGAAGAAGAAGCAAGAUGACAGUGAUGAAGAAGGAGGAGAAAAAGACGAAGCCAGACCCCGCACUCCUCCGUCAUCGUCUUCACACCAAAUUUCUGCAAAUGCGAGUGUCUGUGCAAAGGGAAACGACUGCGACGAGUCGGGUAAGCCGUCAGAGUACAAAACGGGUCGGGGGUCCGAGCCUAGCCUCACGUGGGUGCACGUCGCGCCCAUCCUGUCACCGCGGAAGACGGGCACAAUGACAACGGCGGCUAGCGGCAACGAGAACAGGACGAGCCCGGCAACGCAGGACAGCGCCGUCUCCUCCACCACGCCUUCCAAGCACAGCAGAAAUUUUAAGAAACCCGCACGCUGCCAAAGCAAAGCUGCCACAGGUGAGCAGGGCAACAGCCGGGUGGGCCGCGCUCCCUCGGAGACCUGAGAGGAAAAACGGGACAAAACUGGAGGAAGUGAGGAACGCCACGAGAGGAAAAUCAAACGCGUGUUGAUAAUCACAAAUAGUGUAAAAAAAGAAAUGCAAAGUGCAAAGAAAUCAUGGAGGAAGAUCGCAAGUAAACUCUUAAGGCUCGAAAAAAGAUGACUGAAUGGACCACUUCCUGUCACGAGAGGAAGUCGCUGGUGAUGUAAACUUGUACGGGUUGUAGAUAUACAGAAAGAAAAAAGGAAAUCCAGUGCACACAUGGACGCAUCCACCAGUGGUGCAUUUCAAGACAUUGGAGAUUGUUGGAAGAAAAGAAACAAUGUCAUCAACUCACGAAUGUAACUCAAGAACAAGUAGCUGCGCUCCGGGAGGAUCACUGGAACUGCUCCCACCGUUAAUUUAUUCAUCUGUUGAGCUGACACUGCAUUUAUUUAUUAUUCUUCGUAUUUAUUUAUUGGGCAGUUGAGGAAAACACAGCGAGGAAGUCAACCUAUUUUUAUGACAUUGUUGACAAGUGGGUUUUCCUUUCCAUCAUCAACCAGAAGGAAGUUUUGAACUGUCGGACUACUGUGCCUUUUACCAAAUAGGAUGUGUUUGUUUUUGUUUUUCAAAAGAAACAAUUGGUGCUUGAGUGCAUUUUUACUACAUUUUGAUUGUUUGCUUUCACACAAAAAAAACAACACAUCUUGACAGUAGUCACCUGUACUUUUCUUCAAACACAGCGGCAUCACGCUUUAUCGUUACCCUAAUCGCAUAAUUGCCUCGGUCAUGUUUUCAGAAAGCAAGAAAAAAAACUCUGGCUGCAAGUAACGAUUAACUUUAAUAAUCGAUGAUUUUUCUUUGAUUGAGGGGGGGGAAAAAAAGAUAAUUACAAACAUUUUUAAUUUCCAUUCCUUUAUUUAAAAAAGCCCCACAACAUUCUUUAAAAUGGACAGUGUUGAAAAUGCAAAAACAUAAACUGAUUAUGAUUCGGUCACUGGUUUGUUCCAUAACCUCAGAAAAUAAAAAGAAUGAUCAACAUUUUCGCCUAAGUAAAAGUAGAUGCUCGCAAAUGUUUUAUUUGGAUUAAAAACAAAAAGAUAAUCAGUCUCCUUUCUUGGAGGACUGCAGAAAUCUGAAAAUCUACUGCUGAAAGGGUACAAAUUACGAGGAUUUGGACAAUUUUAAGUUCAACAGUAGCUCUAAAUGAUCAUCACAGUAGAUUCAUUGAUUAAUUUGAUAAUCGAUUAGUUGUCGAUUAAGCGAUUUACAGUCUUGUUUCACCUCUGGAAUUUAGCUUUUUUCGAUAGAUAUCUUCACAGUAAGUUAAAAAUGAAUUCAGCAAUUUUCCUAUCAGGCUUUUAGCUUGAUUGCAUGCUUGCCAAGUCAUUUUGAAACGUUUUUGGAAAACAAAAAAAUGAAGAUGACUGAAAAUGAUGACACAGACAAAGAGCAAAGCAAGCGUGUUGAAAUGACUUGGGCCAAUGCUCCUGAAACUUUUUGCACCAAGUACCAUCUCGAAGACUACUUGGCUCUCCAAGUUCCACCACCCGUACUUCAAUAAUAAUUCAAGUAAUAGUUAAAAUGCAAAGUUAAAUGCAACUAAACUUAAACGGACUGUACUGGAUUAAAAUAAUCUUGAAGCCACUGUGACAUUAUGUGUAGUGUGACCAUUUAAUUCAGUGAUUCUUUUGUGUACCACUGGUGGCACUCGUACCACACUUUUGAGAAUGAAUGACGUAGGCAACGAUGCUCUUAGGCUAACAAAUUCUGCCAAUCAAACGCAGUCUCCAAGUGUAUUCCGUAAACAUGCCUCCAUCUUGUCAGCAGGGGCUCUUCUGCUAGCCUUUUCUUUUUUUUCUUUCGGCUCCCACCCGAAUCGAGGGACCGAAGGCUGGUGCACUGAGAAACUUGAAAUGCUACAAAAAUGUCAACAUUAAGGAGGAACUCGUCUCGACUUGCACCAACCCUUCCUCUGCUGCUAUUCUGCAUCGGAAGCACAGAGUAGUAUGAUCGCAGAGGAGGGGUGUCAGCAAAAUGACCAAUUAAUGCAAACGUGUUGUAAAUAUUUCUACUAAGCUAUUUUUCAAACUAUUUCCAUUGAGCGAGGAUGUAGCAGCUUCCAGAGUCACAGACAGCCUCCAUUUCCAACCGCCUUUAUUUGACUUAGAUUAUUUUGAUUUCAUUUUUCAUUUGGAUGGUUUUUAAUCAGAUUUUUGUUUCAUUUUACGUUUGUUGUUUUUUUGUAAUACUUUUUCUUUGAAUUGAUCUUUCAUUUUUGUUUAAUAUUUUUGUGCUGUUUUUUAUAGACUGAAAUUUUCUUUAGUUUUUUUUCAUUUCGUUUUAAUUUUUCCUUUUUUUGUUUGUUUAUUUUAAUGAUUUUGUUUUAUUUCUAAUAGAUGUUUUAUGUUACUCGGUUUUAUUUUGUUUUUUGUUUUUCAUUUUUUACAUUUAUUUCUUUGUUCUAUUUAUUGACAGUAUUGUAGUUUUCCCCUUAUGUUUCUUUUUUGAUUUGAGUAUUUAUUUGAAUUUGCAUUGUUUUUUUGUUUAUUUUUCUUUCAUUUUAAUCAUUUUCAUUUUUGUUUAUUGUUUUCAUUGUACUGUAGGUCUAUUUGUUGAUUAUUGCUUAAUUUAUUUAGAUUUUUUUUUUUCACGUUCCUUUUUGUAUUUGAUCGCAGCGAGGCGUCGUCAAAGCCUUACGAGUCUGAGAAAGACCUUCCGUGUCUCCAUUUGGCGCUCUAGACUCCUCAUCAGAGUCUUGUGUGUGUGUGUGUGUGUGUGUGUGUGAGGGAGUGGGUGUGUGAUUUUUUUUUUUUUUUCCUACGGCCAUGGUGUGACCGAUUGCACUUACUUUUUCAUGUACGUUUUUCUAUUUCAUCGACGACCGGUUGGGAAAGAUUUGGGAAUCUUGUAGCCUUUCUUCUUCUUCACGACUUGUACUGUCCUCCUUCACCCAGCACCAGGCUGUCCUCGCCCUCCCUUCUUCAUCUCCCUCAAUCUUGUUAGUUUUCUUGUCUUUAGCUCACCUUCACUCUUAAUCUUACUCUGGCUAUAUUUUUUCAACAACCACCUGGAAAAAAAGGAACGUUUUUUGAAUAAAUGACAUUUUUUAA